AUGCCACCUUUUAAGGAUGAGCAUAUCUUGAUGAUUGCGCCAGGAUCGCAAGUGACCCUGGCGCAACUCGGCCUCCCCGAGUCGUUCACACCUGCUCGAUGGCGCUUCCCGACGCGAAUGUUCCCGGGUGAAAAGAAGGGCGAAUUCGAACCGUACAAGAUCCGCGAGAGGCGACAAGAAGUUAAAAUUGCCAAUGGCUCGACCGCCCCUGGGGAGAAGGAAGACGUCGACAUGAAAGACCAGCCUCCGCAAGAAGAAAGGAAGGAGAAUACAGACGCGCCGAAGACGGAAAAAACCGACGAGACCAAGGCAGAAAACACCAAUAACACCGAGAACACCGAGAACACGGGUGAAGAAGGGGGUGAGGAUGGUGAGAACGGCCAGAUCGUAGAGGAGGUUUUCUACGAAGAAGACGUCGCGUCUGAAGAAGGGGCGAUCUACCCUAUCGAGAACGGACGCAUCGUUGACUGGCCGUGCUUUUUCGCUCUCUUGACGCAUGUGUAUAACACGCUCAGCCCGCCAUUCCAUACGCCUAUCAUGCUUAUUGCCGAACCGGCUUGGUCAUUACGGGAUCGGGAGAUUAUCACUCAAUUUGUGUUUGAGAAGUUCAAGACGCCUGCUUUUUGUCUGAUGGACUCAGCGAUUGCCGUGUGCUACGGAUACGGCGUCGGCACUGCAACUGUUGUUGAUGUUGGGAAGAACAAGGUGGACGUCACCGCGGUUACAGACUUCGUGGUCAAUGAACAUGGAAGAGGUAUUGCAUUGGAGGGCUGCGGCGGUGAUUACCUGACCGACCGGCUUCUGGAGCUACUAGGCUCCAAAGGGUUCACGCGGGAUAUGUGCGAGCAGCUGAAGCGGAGUAACAUCACUGAGCUUCUGCCGGCAGGGACACCUCUACCGGGUGCCGCUGCUACAUCACGCCAGGAUGGACAGCCGCCUGGUCCUACAACACAGCCUGGAGUCGUGGAAAAUGCCCAGACUAAGAACCCGAAUGGCUCCACUGAGAACAAUGACGACGACGAUGAAGGUGUUUUGGAUGUUGCGGCUAUUGUUAGCGGCAACACCAGCGAGUUCCUUGCCGCGCGGGAGAAAGAGAAGGGAAAUAAAAAAGGCGCUGAUCAGGGCGCGAAACCUGUUCGUCUUCCCAACUCUAAGAAGGAGAAGGCCACGUUCCAGUACCAGGAGUUCGUCAAGUUAGAGCCAGAGAAGCAUGCGCCUAGCGGUCCUUCACGCUUCAUCCGCCAGACUAGGGAUAUUGAAGUUGGCGUUGAGCGGUUCUUUGCUGCAACACCGAAGCAAGAUACUGGAGACAGAUUGUCUAGCAGUAUUCUUGAGGAUAUAGCAACUCAGAUCCAUCACACCAUCCUGGCCGUGCCGGAUGCGACAAAGCGCAGUGAGCUAUGGGAUUCACUGAUCGUUGUUGGUAACGGUAGUAAAGUAAAAGGCUUCACUCAAGCCCUCAUCAGCACAAUCACUCAGAAGUUUGUCCUCUCGCCGUCCGGCACAAUCUUUACUUCAGAAAUUCCAUCCAACUUCUCCACUCCCCUUCCCACCGGCGGAACAAAUACCCCCGCCCCGGGCUUCCCUGGUCAAAUGCACCAUCCCGGCGGACAAGGUGUAAACCCCCUUCUUGUCGCCGCCACUCACUCCGGCAAUCCUAUGCCUCCGGGAACCCCUUCAAUGGACCCUCUCUCCCAUCACCGCUCCACUGGCCACUCGCAGACUCCGACCUCUGUUCGCACCGUAAAACCACCAGAGUACUUCCCCGAGUGGAAGGAGCAAACAGCAACCCAGCAGCCUGCCCAGAAUCAACCAGGUCUCAAUGGGCCCGGCGGUCCGGCAUCUAGUGGCAGCCACCGUGGUAUGGAAGAAGCAGUUUUCCUUGGAGCGCAGGUUGCCUCCAAGGUGGUUUUUGUGAUCGAUCAGGGCCUCAGUAAGGGUUUUAUGAGCCGUGUUGAGUAUAAUGAGAAUGGCCCGUCGGCGAUUCAUGAGUAUGUUAUGUGAGCUUCGGCUAAACCGAUUAUAUGGAUGCCAAUCCACUUUCGCCUCAUCUGUCAUUCGACGUCGAGCUUUUUACUUCUCCUCUUCAGUGCUUUUAUGUAUCGUGGUUUUUACGAGGCGUGGUCUGUUAUUUCAGAAAAGCAAUCUGUUAGGAUCAUGGUAGGAUAGGCGGAGUUAGUCAAGUAGUAGAUAUCAAUGUAUUCGUUUAA